AUGACGACGGCUGUGUCGAACGAGGAGUCGAGGUCCGUGAUCCACACGGAACGAGCGUCGAACGAGACGGCGAAGCAGCCGCCCUCGACGGAAGAGAGGCCCAGUGGUGGCAGCAGCGGGCAGCAGUCGACCAACGACGGCGCGGGCGACGGAAGCGAGCGAGAAGCAGUGACGGUGGACGGAGGUGGCACAUACCAAGUUACCAAGGACCCCGUUGUGCCGAAUGACGGCGACGAAGCGCGUGUACAGCACGAACUACGCACCGUGGUGCCGGAGGUGGCUACGCCAGAAGUGUCGGCGGUGGCAAGGCAGCCGACGAAGGGACAUACGCGCCGGGAGGAAGAGGCGUCAAGCGUGGCGCGGCCUCUCAGGCUCGGAACCGGCAAACACGGAGGGAAGCGCGUGACCUUCGCGGUACCGCUGAAACACGACGACGGCCGGGAUGACGGGCGACUCGACGGUGACGACGCAGUAGCUAGAUCGGAGGGACGCAGUGAGUCAGCCGACGAGGCGGCCAUGAACGUGGUGUCGGCAAACGACGCGGCGCAGGCGAGCGUCACGGCGAACAGCGAGCCACGUGAGUUGACGGUGAUGACGACCGCAGACGGGGCUAGUGCGAGUGGCGGUAAGACCACGACGCGCGCGAGACGACCGAGAACAGACACGAUGACGACGGCAAAGUCUCCGAUAAUGGGCACGUGA